UUCCUUCUCCUUCCAUUCUCUUCCCCAAAACCCUACUACAGCGUCGACGACGACGAGGAGAGGGGAGGAUUGAACCCCACCUCUCUCCGCCGCCGCCACCAUGGCGCUCCGCCGCAUCAACCCGAGCAAGAAGCCCCUCCUCCUUGUGCCCCGCCCUUUCUCCUCCUCCUCCUCCUCCAACCCUCCCUUCCCAUCUCCACCCCCGCCGCCGCCGUCCGACGACCCCAACGCCCCUCCGGCCCCGAACCACGGCGAGGCCCCGAAGAAGUCCGCGUCCUCGCUCUUCCAAGAUAUCCGCAACCGCCUACAGUCGUCCCCGGCUCCGCCCCCGCCCCGCCGGAUCCCGAUCACGCCGCCCCGCCCCGCCGGGCACGCCGCGCCCCCUUCCGCAUCCCUCGAGGACAUCAAGCGCAAUCUCGAGUCCUUCCGCGCUGCCACCCGCAACGCCGCCGGCGGGGCACCGUCGUCGUUGCCCUCCCGCUUCUCCGGCGGCGGCGGAGCCACCCCGUCAUUCCAGGACCUGCUCAGGAACAGCACCGCCUCGCCGGGCCGGCCCCAGCCGGGCCGCAACGCUGGCGAUAGCAAGCCGUUCAGCCUAAGCUUCGAUGCCAUCCGCGAGAGCCUUCACAAGACUGAAUCCAAGCAGCAGAGGCCGACGUUCCUGAACUCGCUGCCGCAGAACAUCUUCGGGAAGGAGCUACAGGAGAGAGCCAGGAAGCCAGAAGAGGGGUUCGCGAAGGAGGAGGAGGAUUCCGGCAUUUUGCUUUCGAGGGACUACAGUUAUGAGGAGCUUGGGAAGAAGCUCGGUGAGCUGCGGCCGUCUGGCGCAGGGAAGGACGGGAAGGAGUGGUUCUCUCUGGAGGAGCUGCAAGGGCGGAUAGCCAAGCUGGCCGAGCUUGAGAAGAGGCACGAGGACCCACGGUUCGGUGGGGAAUAUGCUAUGCUCCGGUCGAGCAUCAGGAACAUCAAGAAAAACGAAGACAGGAAGAUUAUCAAAACUGUCCAGAAUUUGUCAUUAUUUUCAAACAUUGGUGGGAAGCCAACACCGGAAUACGAGCUGCGUAAUCUUCCACCGCAGGAGGAAUUGUUAGAGAGAUAUUUCCAUCCUGACCACAUGUCAGGCGAAGAAAAGAUGAAAUUGGAGCUUCAGAAGGUGAGGGACGAGUUCAAGAUGUCCGAGAAUGACUGUGGUUCUGCACGAGUUCAAAUAGCCCAGCUAACACUAAAAAUCAAGCACUUGUCAUCUGUUCUACACAAAAAGGACAAGCAUUCUAGAAAGGGACUUCAGGAUAUGGUCCAAAGGAGGAAGAAAUACCUCAAAUACUUGCGCAGAACGGACUGGGACUCGUACUGUCUUGUUCUGUCAAAGCUUGGGCUUCGCGAUGUGCCGGAGUACAAAGCACCUGAUUACAAGAAGACACAGCCAACCAAGGCCCAGUCUAAGAAGAGCAAGAGCAAGCGAAAGAGGAAGAUGAAGGCGUAGAAAGCCCUGAAACAAAGAGAAUUUACCACUUUUGAACUUUGGCCUUGAAUUGCAAGGCCAUAAAACCUGUCAGAUAGACGUCCAGGCUCGAGAUGUCUCAAUCCAGUCUUGCAGUGUUGUACUAUCUCUUUUUGUAAUAACAAGUUCUUUGGGUAGCUGCAGUUUCUUGUUUUGUAACACCAGUUUGUUUAUUUCUCUGAGCUCCCAAGCUCUACUUCAAGAGGAGGGACUGAUGAACAAACAUAAUAGCACUUGAUUGAUCUUUCUUUAAAACUAGUCACUGUUUGAUGCCUU